GCACAGAGUAACUUUGGACAUAACAGAUGGUUGACCUUCGCAACAGGGCAACCUUUGAUGACUGUCAGAACUCUCUCGACUGGUUUUGUUACACCGGCAACUGUGGCUAUAAUACCACAAGUGAGAGAGGCGUAGUUGACUGGAGCAACAAUGCACCACAAUAUAACAACCAAUGGUGUGAAACUGAAACAGUCAGUACAAGAAGUAUCCCAAGUGACAACCCUUUUCAAAUGAACGCUGCAAGCUGCUGUUGGAUCCCAACGCGAAACUGGGUUCAUAAUUUGAGACUUAUGACUUAUGUGGAUUUGGGAACAAGAUCUGACACUGGAAAACCAAACCAAUCACCAGAAGUUGCCAUUCUCCCUUUGCUACGAGUUCCUCAGAACUGCCCACGGACAUACAAGCUGAUGUCCUUUGAUCCUGAUGGUGACAAAGUUCGAUGCAGAUAUGGAAAUAUCAUAGGUACUGAGUGCAGCUCAUGCAACCAACCUUCAGGCUUCGACUUGGAUCAGGGUUCUUGCACAUUACACUACCGAGACUCUUAUGUCAACACCGGAGCGUAUGGAUUUGAGUUGGUGGUGGAGGACUUCCCACAAGGGCGCAUCUCUCUGGCCUACACUGAUGGAUCCAGAUCCUCCAGGGAUCCACUGAGAAAGAGACAAGCCAGAUCCCCACUGAGAAAGAGACAAGCCAGAUCCCCAAGGAGAAGGAGAGAAACCUCAUACCCAUGGUGCACCAACUACAACCACGGAAGCAUACCCAUGGUGGUGGUAUUAUUCAACAACAACCGCAGCAACAACCACAGCACCAACUACAACCACGGAACACCAACUACAACCACGGAAGCAUACCCAUGGUGGUGGUAUUAUUCAACAACAACUGCAGCAACAACCACAACACCAACUACAACCACGGAAGCAUACCCAUGGUGGUGGUAUUAUUCAACAACAACCGCAGCAACAACCACAACACCAACUACAACCACGGAAGCAUACCCAUGGUGGUGGUAUUAUUCAACAACAACCCCAGUACCAACCACAACCCCAUGGUGGUGGUGGGGGCAUAAUACACCAACUACAACCCCAGCACCAACCACAACCCCAUGGGGGUGGUGGACAACCACAACAACACCUACAACCACUGAAGCAACUACUACAACCGCCACGCCAUACACUAGCAGCAGGACACACCUGCACGCCACCACUCCUCCUCUCAGUAAACUACCAUUGCAAUUCUCUGUACUUGUGGACCCACCUGCUCCUUCAUGUCAGGAGGGACUCUACUUGCCAAAGUUUGUGAACCCAACACCUGAAAAUGGAGCACACAUCCAAGCAGAGGUCAACAAAGAGGUGGAGAUCAGAGUCAAAGCACAAGCUGCAUAUGCAACAAUACGUGAUAUCAUCAUCAGUGGGCCACUGAAUAUCCAAAAGCACAGGACCACACAUGAUGAGUUUGUCAUUAGGUGGACGCCUACUCCAGAUGACCUGGGAGCUCAUUACCCCAUCUGCUUUGCUGUUGAGUCAGUGACAGGGGCUGACAUCUAUCAGUCUGAGAUGAGGUGUGUUCUGGUGGACAUUGUGGCGACGCAAGUUGUAGCCAAUGUGAUCUGCAGUCAGUCCACAAUGACAGUAGAGGUUGAGAAAUCUUCAUUCUCUGGACUCAAUGAGGAUCAUUUGCGGCUCAGUGACCCCACCAACACCGUCUGCAGCCUCCGCACACACUCCAACAGCACUCACAUCAUCGCUGUCAUCCCCCUCAAUGCUUGCGGCACUCAGAUCGAGGAAGAUGAUGACAACCUCAUUUUUAAGAAUGAAAUCACCGCGGUCGACAACACAGAAGACCUGAUCACCAGGAAACACCUGCUGGAAGUUCAGUUCUACUGCCAGUACCCCAAACGGGGGAACGUGACACUUGGCUACACAGCACACAGGAAAAAUAUCACAGUGUGGGAGAAAGGCUUUGGUACUUUCACUUACCAGUUUGAGUUCUUUCCUGAUAACCAAUUCCAAACCAUGAUUGAUCCAAAUUCAUACCCUCUGAAGUACGACGUAGGGAGCAGGAUCUACAUGCAGAUAGAUGCCACCUCUUCAGCCAACAACACCGAGCUGUUUGUGGAGUCCUGCAGCGCUGCACCAUAUGACAACCCAAACUACCGGCCAACCUACUCCAUCAUUGAAAAUGGGUGUAAAGUGGACUCGACUGUUGAAAUCCAUUCCUCCACCAACAAGAGACAAUUCCGGUUCAGCAUGGAGGCCUUCAGGUUCAUCGGCUUGCAAGACCAGGUUUACAUCAGCUGUUCAGUCCUGAUGUGUGAAGCAGGGGACCCCCACACCCGGUGCUCGCAGGGAUGCAUCAACUCCACAUCUCGAGUUGGUCACCACCAUAACCACAGAAAGAGAGAGGCGGUCACCCAGAGUUUAAGGCACUUUGUUUCCCAGGGUCCCCUGCGCUUAACGAGAUCAGCAGAGAGCACCGGAAGCCCAGUGAUGAAGCUGAAUCUGAACCUGGUCUUCAUCGCUGGUUGUCUUCUUGCAGCUGUUGCCAUGAUCAGUGCAUUGGUUUUGUACAAAGCCAAAAUGUCGAGAGUCAAAUACCAACCUUUGCCUGCAAUUGAAAAUUAAGUGAGCUACAUGUGCAGAAUGCCAAUUCUGUAUUAAUUACAUUCAAAUAUAUAAAGCUAUUUUGAUUAUCAGAUAUUGCAUAUUCAUGUAUCAAAGUACGUGCACAUGUUACAUUAACAUCUUUAGAAAUGACUACAGCUGUAUGUGCCAGUGCAAAUAGGAAACCAGACAGAAAGUCUUAUAUUAAACAAAAAUGAGCACGAUCAAGUUGUACUGCAGCUGUUGGUUUGCUUGUGGUGGUUUCAGCUGUGGGAUCCCAUGUAGCUUUGCAACUGUUAUUAAGUAUAAAAGCAUGAUUUAAAAGAAGUUUCUUGAUUGAUUGAUUGUAUUCCUCUCUAAUCAUAAUCAUUCUUUAAUCAAAAAUGAAAAUGCUAUAAUCAAAAUCCCUUUAUGGCUACUCUGUUAUGAUACACUUGUUUAAUGGAUCAAUAAAAACAUUUAUUCUCUUA